UUACCCUCGCCAAUUCCAAAUCAAGCCGCUUCGAGUUCGUCGAUCUUCCCUCUUCAGUCAAAAACCAACCCUAAUCUUAUGUCUGCUCAAAAGGUCUCUAUGCGUUGUAGAGAUUUAAUCAGCAGUAUGCCAGAUGAGGUUCUCGGCAAAAUCCUGUCGUUGCUUCCGACAAGACUUGCUGCUUCCACAGCGGUUCUGUCCAAAAGGUGGAGGAACCUGCUUUCUCUUGUAGACACCCUUGAUUUCAGUGACGAGAUUGGUAACCCUGAAGGCUUCUCUGGUUUUGUGGACACAACACUUGCUCUCCUAAGCAACUCUCACUCAAUCGUAAAAUCAUUCUCUCUGAGCUGUAAACAUGAAAAUUCUCGAGUGGACAGUUGGAUCCGCACCGUCCUCGAGAGCGGCUUCUUGGAACUUCACUUGAAAAUCGUAUCUAUGCAGAGUAUAGAAUCUCAGCUCUUCACGAGUAACACACUCGUCCAGCUUACUUUAUACGGUGGGUUUUGUUUCGAUGGCACUCUCACUCCUCCUCGGGGUGGCGUCUUCUUCCCAAACCUCAAAACACUUAAUCUCGUUUCUGUUUGGUUUUGGGAUGAUAAUAUGUUUGAGUUUCUCAUCUCUGGCUGCCCCUUGCUCGAUGUACUGUUGCUACAUUAUGGUGCUUCUGAUGGGCUGGGCUUGAGUUCUUCCAUUGGUGUCUCCAAUCCUUCCCUUAAGAGGCUUACCGUCUCUUACCAUUUUCUUUCUCCCGAUGUUGAAUUGUUUCGGACACCCAGUCUUGUCUACCUUGACUAUUCUGGUUACGCCACGAGACAGUAUCGUGUUGAUUUUAGCUCGCUUGUUGAAGCUAGGCUGGAUCUUAGAUCAUGCCGAGAGGAGCCAGUUGUAGUUGUCAAGGAGGAUGGUGAGGUUGAUGUUAUAGAAUAUAAUAAUGAUGAUGGUAGUGCUUUUGGUGAAGAUGAUGAUGAUAUAGAGGAUAUUGAAGCUAUACUGGAUCUUGAAUCAUCUGAUGAGCAAGUUUCAGAUGAGGAUGAUGAUGAUGAUGUUCCUGAUGUUACGGAUCUGGUUGCAGGGAUAAGCAAUGUUAAAACCCUUCGCUUGUCUUCGGAUUCUCUUGAGGUGUUUCACUUAUACUGCAAAUCAAUGCCGGUUUUUCAAAACCUCGUUACCUUAUCAUUUGAGAGUGACAAAGAAAGAGGCUGGCAAGUGUUGCCACUUCUCCUCAACAACUCUCCAAACCUGGAAACCUUAGCCAUCAAGGGUCUUGUGCACAAAGUCACAGAUAGAUGCGGGGACGCUUGUGUUUGCAUUGCUAAGAAAAGGAUGAAGAAGAUGGAGGAGGAGGAAAUAUGCUGUUUAUCAGCAUGUCAAGUUAAGGUUCUAAACAUUUCAGGGUAUGGAGGAACUCGUAGAGAGCUGAAACAGAUGAGGCAUUUCUUGGGAAAUUUGAAAAGUCUUGUAACCGUCAAGGUUGGUGUCAAAGCUAAGAAUCACGAAGAAGACGACAAUUUUAACAAUAACUACCAAAGAAUCACCAGUGCUCUUACUAAGCUUCCCAUAGCUUCUUCAUCAAACUGUCAAGUUUAUUUCUUCUGAUUUCUUUCUUACAAAGGAAAUCAUUUUGAGGCUUAAUGAUCUUUUAGAUGACAAACUUUACUUUUCUAGUAGACUUAUUUGUGAUCUUUGAAACCAAGCGGCUCUUUUAAGGUUUCAUUCAGUUUGAUUUCAGUUUCCAG